AUGGCUUCACUGCGAUCUUGGUUUAGCAUACCUCGUGGAUCGCACUUCUCACUGGCGAACAUCCCCUUUGGUGUCAUUUCAACAGCAUCAUCCAAGUCACCGCGGGUCGCAGUCGCCAUUGGAGAUCACGCUCUGGAUCUCGAAGUCUUUGCCGCAAACAAUGGCUUCUCAGGGCUCUCAACAAUACAGCCGCAUCAAGCUGUCUUCUCACAAUCGUCGCUGAACGCUUUUGCAGCACUUGGUAGGCCAAUUCACUCCGUGGUUCGGAAGUACAUCCAAGGCGUCUUCUCCGUGGACACGACAUAUCCGGACGUCCUGAAGAAUAAUGUUGCACUUCAGAAGCAAGCCCUGAUACCGCUAAAAGAAAUCAAAGCACAUUUGCCAUUCAAGAUUGGUGAUUAUACCGACUUUUUCGCGGGUAUGAACCAUGCUUACAACUGCGGCGUCAUCUUCAGAGGUCCCCAGAACGCGCUGCAACCGAACUACAAGCAUCUUCCAGUCGGUUACCACGGUCGAGCAUCUUCAGUAGUCCCAUCUGGAACUCCCAUUCGGCGGCCCAAUGGUCAGAUACUGCUCGAUCCUACUGCGGAGAAGAAGGUGCCUGCGUUUAGCCCGUGCAAGAAGCUGGACAUUGAGCUAGAAUUGGGAGCUUUUGUGUGUGGCUCCAAUGAACAAGGAGUGCCAAUACCAAUUGAGAAAGCUGAGGAGAACUUGUUCGGUGUUGUACUCAUGAACGACUGGUCAGCGAGAGACAUCCAAGCAUGGGAAUACGUGCCUCUAGGGCCCUUCAAUGCGAAGAACUUCGGCACUACAAUCAGCACUUGGGUUGUACUUGCGGACGCGCUGGAACAGUUCAAAACAAAGGGCUUGGACAACGACUCAGAGGUGCUACCCUACUUGAAGGAGAAGAGCGAGAAGAGUGUAUACGAUAUCAACCUCGAAGUUGAUGUCAAGACGGCAUCUGGCAAAACAACAACGAUAUCGAAAGUGAAUGCACGAAAUCUGUUGUGGUCAUUCCCACAGAUGUUGACACAUCAUACGAUCACGGGAUGCCCUUUCCAACCGGGCGACUUAUUGGGUUCUGGUACCAUCAGUGGUAAUUCUCCGGCUGAGUAUGGAAGCUUCCUGGAGCAGAGUAACAAUGGUAAGGAGUCUAUCGCACUGGAAGGUGGUGAAAAAAGGACAUUCUUGGAGGACGGGGAUGAGAUCACAAUCCGAGGUGUAUGUGGUUCGGAUGAGGAGGCUUUGGUUGGUUUUGGAGAGUGCGUUGGUCGCAUUGAGCCUGCUUUGAAGCUAAACUUUGCUUGA